AUGAAGUAUUACCAACCCAUCGACCCUGAAGACCAGGAGAGCGAUGAGGACAAUAUCUUCAAGCAGUACCUUGAGCGUUUUUGUCUCAAUAUGGAGUAUCACACGGAAAACUUCAAAGCUGCCUGCAAAGAUGCCCGUGAUGAGCUUCAUGAUAAGCUUCGCUGCAAGUUCAAGCAGCUCCAGGAGUCGAUACAUUGUCCGCUGACAAGAAGAGAGAUGAGAAUCAUGGUGAGACCGAAGAACAAUUGUGUAGGUAUUAGAAAUCUGGGUUGA